AUGCGUCCCCUUAUUGCCGUUCAGGCAAUAAUCUUUUUUAGCGUCCUGUGGUUAUUAUACCGCUACCAUGACCAGCACAGCCAUUUACUCGCGGUGAUGGAGGCCUCCGCGGUCAAGGAGAUCGCUAUUCCAAAAACUAUCCACCAGCUUCUCCUGUCGAUGCCUGAUCAUCCGGUCUCGCACUUUAAGCCCAACGACCACGUGAUAUCCUGGCAGCAAUCCGGCUGGAAGGUCGAGUAUUGGAGUGAAGAAGCUUGUCUGCAGCUGGCGCGCGAAGUGGACGCGUCUGAUUUCUUCGCCACGGCCUUUGAAAAGCUGCCCUUUGCGGUGCUGAAGGCGGAUUUCUGUCGCUACCUGGUCCUGUUCGGUCGAGGAGGCGUGUACAACGAUCUGGAUGUUCACCUGGUGCAGCCGCUGCCCUGGAAUGUCAUGGGUCCGUCCGGGAAUCACAACGAUGGGCCGCCCGCGGUGAUCAUUGGAUUAGAGGGAGACGCAUCCACGCAGGGUCUCCCCCGAUCGCCGCAAUUUGUCCAGUGGACGAUGGCCUCGGCGCCCAUGCAUCCCAUGUUCCGGGAUCUUCUCCGUCGCAUCGCAGACCGGACGCCGGAUUUUGUGCACCAAACGCAUGCUCUCGAAGGCGAUACAGACGUCAAUGUGAUGGACUGGACGGGUCCGAGUGUCUGGACAGACACUGUGCUGGACUACUUGGGCUGCACAGAAGAGCAGGUGAAGAACCUCCGUGACUUGAAAGACCCCAUCCGAAUCCGGGAUGUCAUGAUUCUCCCCAAGCGAUCGUUUGCGAUCACCCAAGGGGAAGAUCAUAGCUUGCCAGAUGUGCUGGUCAAGCAUUAUUUCAUCGGGACGUGGAAAGGUUGUAAGAACCACUGGGCUGGGUGGAUGCUGUCGUGGGGCUGCUAA